GCGCCGCGAUGGCAGCGGCCGAGCGGGGCUGAUCGCGCCGCCCCUCCGCAGCCCCCGGUCCCCUCCGGCCCCAGCCAUGGCGAAGCAGUACGAUGUGCUGUUCCGGCUGCUGCUGAUCGGGGACUCCGGGGUGGGCAAGACCUGCCUGCUGUGCCGCUUCACCGACAACGAGUUCCACUCCUCGCACAUCUCCACCAUCGGUGUGGACUUCAAGAUGAAGACCAUCGAGGUAGACGGCAUCAAAGUGCGGAUACAGAUUUGGGACACAGCAGGGCAGGAGAGAUAUCAAACCAUCACAAAGCAGUACUACCGACGGGCCCAGGGAAUAUUUUUAGUCUACGACAUUAGCAGCGAACGUUCUUACCAGCACAUCAUGAAGUGGGUCAGUGAUGUGGAUGAGUACGCACCAGAAGGCGUCCAAAAGAUCCUCAUAGGAAAUAAGGCCGACGAAGAGCAGAAACGGCAGGUGGGAAGAGAACAGGGGCAGCAGCUGGCUAAGGAGUAUGGCAUGGACUUCUAUGAAACAAGUGCCUGCACCAACCUUAACAUUAAAGAGUCUUUCACACGACUUACGGAGCUGGUACUACAGGCCCACAGGAAGGAGCUGGAUGGUAUCCGGACGCGUGCCAGCCAUGAGCUGGCCUUGGCAGAGCUGGAGGAGGAGGAGGGCAAACCUGAGGGCCCAGCAAACUCUUCAAAAGCCUGCUGGUGCUGAGGGUCCUGCAAGGAACACCCGCCCCACACCAGCCCCCUCCCGCCAGGAGGCCUGUGGGUAGACAGGAGUCUGGGCCCUGUCCUGCUCCUCCUCUCAUUUGGGCGACCCUGUGGAUUAUCAGCAGCUGCACCCCCUCCUGGCCCUGAAUGCAGCUGUGCUGUCAUCUCUGAGCAGCCUCUGCCCCAGCCCCUCGCGGGAGUGGCCUCCUUCAGCCGCCCCCAGCACAGGUCUGCUCUGACCCCACACGUGCCAUGGCACUGUCUCACCGCCUGAGCUCUCCAGACAACGGCUGAGUCUGGAGUCAAGGCCACCUUAAGGCUCCUUCUUUCUCAGUGCAUCUUGUCCCUUCACUUUUCCUCUCUCCUUGCACUUCCCUUUCUCUGGCCCUCCCCCACCAGUGUGUUUUGUAUCACAGCCCUUCCCCUCUGUGUCCUGCUGUAUGGCUGCUGGUGCAGCUUCUUCCUUUCCUCCUUCCUAACCCUGUCUAAGGGGAUGGGCUCCGGCUUGUGGGGAUGUUCUAGAUUCUGCUCCUGGAAGAACCCCACCCUGCUUUGUAGGGGCGGGGAUAGGGAGCUGACUAAGGCUACGGGGUAUUUCUUUCUAUCCUGCCUUCCCCAGUGGCACCAAUGAUCUGGGAAAAUGGAGCAUCAAGGAAGGGAGGAAACACCAACUGGUGGAUCUCAGUAUAGGGCUGUCCUCCCUCUCCGGGACCCGCCCCCCAGCUCUGGCCUUGCUUGGCUACCUGCUUACCUGCUUCUUGGGGGAACGGACUCAGAGGCAGGUGCUUCUGAGAAGAAAGCUAAAUGAUGAGGGGUGGCAGGAAUAAAAAGUCACCUCCAUUCUCUACCUCCCAUGCAGCGUGUGCACAGUUUCUCCCCAUCUGGGCUCCUGAAAACUUAAAGACACGGGCCAAGGCCUGCGGGCCCUGCAGGAGCAGGGAGCGCCGCGGGCCAGAGAUCCUGACAGGUCGCCACACACUGCAUGAGGGAGCCUUUGGGAAUAAAGGACUAUCUCCUAUAUAGCAUAUAUCAGGUUCAAGAGCAAGGGAGGGCAGGCAAGGACAGCAGCUCACAAACCAGAGGGGAAUACGGCAGCAGCAGGACUUCCUGGCCCUGCUUUUUGUUGCUGUAUGAAGGAGAGCUGUAUCCCACAACCCCCAGACGGUGAGAGGGGAUAUAGCCAUGCCAGUGGCCCUUCACCCAACCCAGCCUUUGGUUCUCAAGGUUUUCCAAGGCGCAAAGUUGUGGGAGAAAGACAGGAGGCCAAGAGAGAACUGGUCAGUGCUGUUCUUUCAGCCUUCAAAAUAAGUGCUCUUCUGGCCUCUGAAGAGGAGGCUUGAGGGUUUGCCAACUGCACUGUGGCUAUCGAUGGAGGGAGCAGACUCCCUCCUCCUGAGCGCUUGUUCAGGUAGAAGUGUCUUUUACCCCAUAUGGCCUAAGAGUGGCUUCAAGGAACCUUUCAGGAAGGAAGAGUCAGUUGCUAGCUCUAGUCAGAUUCCUCCCCACCCUCCUCAGGUGGGCGAGGCCAAGCUAGGUAGGAGGUCACUCCUCAGCUACUUAUUAGCUGCACUGCAUGGCUGGGCUGCGCUGAACCAGACCUAUCCAUUGACUGACUAUUCACCAACUAAGGACCAAAGCUCACACAUGAAAAGGCUUAAGAGCCCCACUUCCCUACUCCAAAAAGGGAGUGAGGGAUCAAACCACCAAACCUUUCCUCCUGACUCGUCUAAGUAGGAAACGGCAGGAGAGGAUUUAGGACAGCUCAGGAUUUAGGAACGAGACUCCUUUAGCCUUGUGAAAGGAAAGGAGAGCAGGGAUAGUUUAAUCAUUGGCUAAGGAGGCUUUUUAGAGAGCUGGCUUCCAAAUGAAGUCAUGACGAUGAUUGGGGAUGCUUCCUAGAGGUCUGACUGCUUAGAGGUCUGGACGCAAGCAACCCCAUGCCCUAGGGGUGGGGAGAGGUGAGGACAGUAGGUGAGGAAGUAGGUGAGCCCUGGGUCUGUCCUCAGCCAGGGGCUGUGAAAGGAGGAGCCAUAUUGGGCACUGGCUCCAGCCUGGGGGUCAGUGCUACAGCUUUCCCUGCGGGUCAGGUAGAGGGCAUUGCCUUUAUCUCCUAGCCCCUCAGGUCAGGGAAGAUAUUCUUACUGUACCCUAGUGGUUCUGGAAGGGAAAACACAGGGUUGGAAUUCUAUGGCCUAAUUAGCCCCACCCACAAGGGCCACUGCUGGGGAAAGGUAUGGGAGCAGGAGGAGGGUUGGGGCUUGGGGGCACAACUAUGCUUCCCAGGGCCCAUAGUCAGUCCCUCACUCCCAAACUUCUCUGGUCCGGGAGGUGACCUGGGCUGCGGCACCAGGCCCGGACUGUUGAGCAGGCAUCCUGCCUGCUGCCUGUGCACCACCUCUGCACCUGCUGUCUUGAGACUCGGCCCAGCCCCAGGCCUUCCUGCUCCGGAGCCCCCGCCAUCUCCCUGUGAUGGGUGAACUCUGUGCUGUGUUUCGGGUCCAGUAUACGAAUUGUGAACAGGGUUCAUCUAUUUCAAACACCAAUGUUUACAAAAUAAAGACUAUUUCAAACCACA